AUGGAUGGUGUAAAAGGUUGCAGAAAGGAAAGGAGAAAGGAUAUGGGAGGGCACAGAGAUGGGACCCGUCAGGGCCUCCUGCAGGGUGAGUGCGUGCAAGGGAAUUUCAUAUAUGACUACCUUACAGCUACCUGGAAAGAGAAGUUAGGUUCAACAGCAGUGAAGCAGUUCAACCAUGCUAGAAGGUUACAGACUUUAAAGAAAAAGUUAAUUUUUAUUUUCUUUUACCCACAGGUCUACCCACGGAUAGCGCCGGCAUUUUGGCACUACCUGCGGGUAGAAGAGCAUGAGCAGCUCAGCUAUUCCUCCACAAGGUCCAAGGCUCCAAGUGUUAUCAUCACAGGUCUCAAGCCAGCCACCAAGUAUAUAUUUCAUAUCAGAGUCAGGACGGCAGCAGGAUACAGCGGCUAUAGCCAGAAGUUUGAAUUUGAAACUGGAGAUGAAACUUCUGAUAUGGCUGCGGAGCAGGGACAGAUUCUUGUAAUUGCCACGGCUGCUGUUGGUGGAUUCACUCUCCUGGUCAUACUCACUUUGUUCUUCCUGAUCACUGGGAGAUGCCAGUGGUACAUAAAGGCCAAAAUGAAAUCUGAAGAGAAAAGAAGGGCUCAUUUGCAAAAUGGAGAUUUACGUUUCCCAGGAGUCAAAACAUAUAUUGAUCCGGACACGUACGAAGACCCAUCUCUUGCUGUCCAUGAGUUUGCAAAGGAGAUAGACCCUUCAAGAAUUCGUAUUGAGAGAGUUAUCGGGGCAGGUGAGUUUGGAGAAGUAUGCAGUGGACGUCUGAAGACACCAGGAAAAAGAGAGAUACCUGUUGCCAUUAAAACUCUAAAAGGCGGCUACGUGGACAGGCAGAGAAGAGAUUUCCUCAGAGAGGCUAGUAUCAUGGGACAAUUUGAUCACCCAAAUAUAAUUCGCCUUGAAGGAGUUGUUACAAAAAGAUCCUUUCCGACCAUUGGGGUGAAGUCUCUUUCGAGAUUCCUGAGGGCGGGAUUUUUAAAUAGCAUCCUGGCCUCACAUCCAGUGUCAGGGGGUGGAUCUUUACCCCCCAGCAUUUCCUCUGGCAGACCAGUAAUGAUUGUAGUUGAAUACAUGGAGAAUGGAUCCCUUGACUCAUUUCUGCGGAAACAUGAUGGCCACUUCACAGUCAUCCAGCUGGUGGGCAUGCUGCGGGGGAUUGCAUCUGGCAUGAAGUACCUCUCAGACAUGGGCUAUGUACACCGCGAUCUGGCAGCCCGUAAUAUCUUGGUCAACAGUAACCUCAUGUGUAAAGUCUCUGAUUUUGGUUUGUCACGAGUGCUAGAGGAUGAUCCUGAAGCUGCUUACACAACAAGC